AUGGAGGCUAUAGUUUUAUACCCAUCACCGGCAAUAGGCCACUUGGUCACCAUGGUGGAGCUUGGCAAACUCAUACUUACAACUCGCUCUCCAAAUUCUAUAUCCAUCCACAUCCUCAUCACCACUCCCCCAUAUAGGGUGGAUGAUACUGCUUCGUAUAUCGCCUCCAUCUCUUCCGAUUCCAUCAUCUUCCACCACCUCCCCGCCAUCUCACUCCCUCCCUGCGCCACCUCCUCAGUGCCCGCACACGAAACCUUAAUCUGUGACGUCCUCCGCCUCAACAAUCCUAAUGUCCAUAAUUCUCUCCGUUCCAUCAUCGACAAAAACUACAAGAUUCAAGCCUUUGUCAUGGACAUCUUCUGCUCUCCUGCGCUUUCUGUCGUCACCAAACUCAACAUCCCCGGUUAUUUCCUCUUCACCUCUGGCGCAGCCUGCCUCGCCUGCGCCCUCUACCUUCCCACCAUUCACAAAAUCAUAGACAAAAGCAUAAAAGACUUAAAUACCCUUCUCACCAUCCCGGGAUCACCACCUAUCCCAUCUUCAGAUAUGCCGAAACCCCUUCGAGAUCGUAACAAUAUAGUUUACGACUCCUUUGUCGAAAACUCAAUCGAGUUGGCCAAAUCAGCCGGCAUUAUAGUAAACACCUUCGAACGGCUCGAGCCGAGAGCCGUUAAAGAAAUAUCAGACGGACUGUGUGUGCCGGAUGGCCCCACGCCGCCUGUCUACUGCAUCGGACCGCUGAUAGUAGCCGUUGCGUACAACAAAAGAGCUGCAGGAAUGCACUCAGGAGGUGAUAACGUGUCCAAGUGUCUGACGUGGCUGGACUCUCAGCCACGUGGCAGCGUGGUGUUUCUAUGUUUUGGAAGCCUAGGGUUGUUCAGUAAAGAGCAGCUGAAGGAAAUAGCGUUAGGGUUGGAGAGGAGUGGGCAUAGGUUUUUGUGGGUGGUGCGAAAUCCUCCUAAUUCUCAAAACGGUCAAACCGUUGACCUUACGGUUCAAGCCGGACCGGAUUUGGAAUCUUUGCUUCCGGAUGGAUUUUUGGGUAGGACCAAAGACAGGGGGCUUGUGGUGAAGAUGUGGGCACCACAAGUGGCGGUGUUGAACCAUGACUCCGUAGGAGGGUUUGUUACUCACUGCGGGUGGAACUCGGUGUUGGAGGCGGUGUGCGCGGGAGUGCCGAUGGUUGCUUGGCCGCUGUAUGCGGAGCAAAGGUUUAAUAGAGUUGUGCUGGUGGAGGAGAUCAAGAUUGCUUUGCCGAUGGACGAUUCGAAAGACGGGUUUGUGAGUGCGGCUGAGGUGGAGAAACGAGUUACUGAAUUGAUGAACUCGGACUCGAUGGAAGGUAAUUCCAUCCGGGUUCGGGCCAAGGAUAUGCAAAUUGAAGCACGUGCUGCGUUGAGUGAGAGCGGGACGUCUAGGGUUGCAUUAACUAGACUCCUAAAGUCGUGGAACCAAUCAUAG